UAUGAUAAUUGUUUGUAUAUGUACACUUAUGCACUUAUAUGCAGAAUUUCUAGUACUUGUUUCAUGCUCUGAGUGUACUUACUUAUCUCUCUGUGAUAUAUGUUUCAUCCUCCACGUGUGUUUUUAGUUAUGUUGUUUGUGGUUAUGUAAAUUUAAAAAUUAUUAUUAAUUGUAUACAACGUUAGUGUAAAAACUAUGACAAAAAAGAAACAUAAUUUAAGUGGCUGGAAACCACUGAAAUUGGAAGGUUCUAUAUUUUCUAGUAAUGUUGAAGAUUUAAUUGGUAUUGAGGAAUUAACUGAAUAUAAUUUGGAAAAGGAAAACAACAAGACAAAGAUUGUAAUUUGCAAUGAGGAAAGCAAUAACAAGAAAGACACGGUACCACCAAAGGGUAAACGUUCCAAUGUAUGGUUAGAAAAUAAUAUAGACGUUAAUGAACCAUUAUUAAAAAAAGCUAAAAAACUAAUAUUUAAAGAAAAAAAAUUAAAAAGAAAAAAUGAUAAAAAAGUAUUAAAAUGUUUAUCUUCAAAAAAUGAUAUAGACACUAAUUCUAAUAACAAUCAAUUUUCUAAUGAACAUGAUGAUGAAAAAAAUGAUAUAUAUGACAAUGAUUCUCAACAAUGGCAUAUAUUAGGUGUACCCACUCCUAUAAUUAAGGCAUUAAAAGAUCAACAAUUUUAUAAACCAACUCAUAUUCAAGCAUUAACUUUACCUCCAGCAAUAUUGGGUCAUAGAGACAUAUUAGGUGCAGCUGAAACAGGUAGUGGAAAAACAUUGGCAUUUGGAAUUCCAAUUAUAAACGGUAUUUUGAAAUUAAAAAAUAAGGAGUUAGACAUGAAAUUUGGGAAGAAAACGAGUGAAAUUAUUGAGAAUAAAGGUUGGAUUUGUUCUGAAAACGAAAUGAUAGAAAAUGAUAAUAGCUCAUCUGAAUCUGAUUAUAAAGAAGAUGUUGAAUAUUUUAAUGAAAAUAAUAUAGGUUGUGUACGUGUAAUUAAUAAUGUAAAAAUGAAUGAAACACAAAAUUAUAUGAAGCCACUCUAUGCAUUAAUAUUAACACCAACUCGUGAAUUGGCUAUUCAAAUUAAAAAUCAUUUAACUAAAGCAGUCAAAUAUACAAAUAUUAAAAUAGCUGUAGUAUUGGGAGGAAUGGCUGCAGUUAAACAAGAAAGAAUAUUAAGUAAAGAACCUGAGAUUGUAAUUGCUACACCUGGUAGAUUAUGGGAAUUAAUACAACAAGGAAAUUCACAUCUUAGCAAAGUGGAUUGUAUUAAGUAUUUGGCUAUUGAUGAAACAGAUAGAAUGUUAGAAAAGGGACAUUUCCAAGAAUUGCAACAAUUACUAGAAAAAAUAAAUACAAAUGAAAGAAAAAUGAGAGAAAGGCAAACAUUUGUAUUCUCUGCUACAUUAACUAUGGUGCAUGAUAUUCCAGAAUAUUUAGAAAAGAAAAAAAGGAAGCAUAGUAAAAGUAGAAUACAAAAACUUACGCCAGAUCAAAAAUUACAAAAAAUUAUGGAAUUGGUUGGAAUCAAAAACCCAAAAAUUAUUGAUGUCACUAAAAAAUCAGGUACGGCCACUAAUUUAACGGAAUGUAGAAUAGCGUGUACAAUGGAUCAUAAAGAUUACUAUCUUUAUUACUUUUUGAAAAGAUAUACUGGUAGAACAUUGGUGUUUUGUAAUAGUAUUGGUUGUGUAAAACGCUUAGCUACUCUUUUGGGAAUACUUGAUUGUAGUCCUUUACCAUUGCAUGCAAGUAUGCAGCAAAGACAACGAUUAAAAAAUCUUGAAAGAUUUCAGGCGGAUGAAGACGGAUUAUUAAUAGCUACUGAUGUAGCUGCAAGAGGUUUGGACAUUCCAAAUGUUGAGCAUGUGAUACAUUACCAAGUUCCUAGAACAAGUGAGAGUUAUGUACAUAGAAGUGGAAGAACAGCAAGAGCACAAAAGGAUGGUAUAACAGUUCUUAUGAUGGAACCAUCUGAGAAGCAAUAUUAUAGUAAAUUAUGUAAAACACUUGAUCGCACGGAAGAUUUACCUAUGUUUCCUGUAGUUGAUAAACUGCUAAUUGCAGUUAAAGAAAGAGUUGAUAUUGCUCGAGAAAUUGAUAAAUUGGAAUUGAAAUGUCGUAGGGAUAAUUCGCAAAAAGGUUGGUUACGUAAAGCAGUUGAAGAAAUGGAUCUAAUUUUUGAGGAGGACGAAGAAGAUUUGAUAGCAGAAAUGAAAGAAACAGCAGAUUUGAAGCAUCAAUUAAAAAUAAAAAAGCGUCAAUUGUCAUCGCUUAUGUCGAAAACGCUAUUUCCGAAAGGUUUUUGCGGGAUAUAUCCUGACAUCAAUACUGAAUUUAAAUUAAACGAAAGCUACCAGAAAGCCGUUGACGUAAUGAAAAAAGUUAUAGAAGAAAUUCCAGCGAAGAAGAAAGAAAGAAAUAAAAAAUCUAACAUGAAAAAAAAUUCUUUCAAAAUCAAAGUUCAAAGAAAGAAGAAUAGAAAUAAAAUAUAACUUCAUCUUCUGUGCUGAUAAUCGAGUCAAUUUGAUCGUUCGUUACCAUCGAGUUUACGUAUCGACUUUCAUCGAUGAUCUUGCUUGGCAGCGCUGCGGGCGAAUCGCGGCCUUUUACAACGAUUUUGAUCCUGGCCAUCACGUGACUUCCGGGGCACUUUUGGACUUGUGCCGCCGCGUUUUCACAAAUCUCCGCAAUCGGCUUCGUUUCCGGCCUCGGCUUGAUUUUCUUCAGGUGCAUCUCUUUGAGAUUUUCACCGACUGGGUGCAGUUUCAGAGGUGCCACUCUUGGUUCCGUUGCGCGAUCCCCGACAGCCCGGCUGAAGUGGAAGAACAGGAUUGUGGACUGGUCUUUCUGGCACGAUGCAGCCCAAAACAAUUGGCCCUCGAGUCGAGCUUUCCAAUUGCAUUAAACCACCGUAUUCUCUUGGCAAUGGUACAGGUAGCGGACCGGCUAUUAAACGAACCUGAAAACGAGCAGAAACUUUAA